GUGCACACGAGCACCUCAGUGACGGUGCUGCUGAUGCAAGUCACGGCAGCGCGCCGCGGCAUCAUCCCGGGAGCGCGCCUCUGUUGCCAGUCCGGACGAUGCGGUUGUCUGUGCGCGUGCUCUCCGGUCUCUCCCCCUACAGACCCGGCACCGACCCCCGAGUUCACCCCCUCCGCCAACAGACACACACCAGCCCGCUGCCUGCACCGUGUGUCGGUGGCACCCCUGCGCACUGAGGCCUGUGCACCGACGUGGGGACGCAGCGCUGCGGUGGAUCCGGUUCGGCCAUGGCGCAGCCGAGGUGUCCGGCUUGGAUGAAGGACGCGUUGCGCAGUGGAGGUUUCUCAACUUAGGGAAACAGUGAACCCCGCGUUUGACCUCCGCUCGGUUUGCAAAUGAUGCUCUGAGUCUCUGUUGCAGUGAAAUCUGAGCUCUCCGCCGGACCAGGACGCAGGGGCCAUCACCGAGGCCCCACUGGAGGUCCCCGAACCUCCCUUUGACUACCACCCUGCCCCGGCGUACACCGAUCCUCGCCUCUUCUCUAGCCUCUCGUUUGCUCCUCACGUCAUUAGGAUAAAGUGUCUGCAGCCGCAGCAGCCAUGAUGGACGCAUCAGAGUGCGGGGUGAGGGUGAUGUGUCGCUUCAGGCCCCUGAACGAGGCCGAAAUCAACAGAGGAGACAAAUACAUCCCCAAAUUCAAAGAGGAGGACACCGUGGUGAUAACGGCUAAACCGUACGUGUUCGAUCGUGUGCUACCUCCAAACACGUCGCAGGGGCAAGUGUACGACCAGUGUGCCAAACAGAUCGUGAAAGAUGUGCUGGGCGGAUACAACGGGACCAUCUUCGCCUACGGGCAGACGUCGUCUGGGAAAACACACACCAUGGAGGGCAAACUGCAUGACCCCCAGCUGAUGGGAAUCAUCCCUCGCAUCGCCCAUGACAUCUUUGACCACAUCUACUCCAUGGACGAGAACCUCGAGUUUCACAUCAAGGUCUCUUAUUUUGAAAUCUACUUGGACAAGAUCAGAGACCUGCUGGAUGUGUCGAAGACCAACCUCUCCGUGCACGAAGACAAAAACAGAGUGCCCUAUGUCAAGGGUUGUACUGAACGCUUUGUGUCCAGUCCAGAGGAGGUGAUGGAUGUUAUUGAUGAGGGCAAAGCCAAUCGGCACGUGGCGGUAACCAACAUGAACGAGCACAGCUCUCGCAGCCACAGCAUCUUCCUCAUCAACAUCAAGCAGGAAAACAUCGAGACGGAGAAGAAGCUGUCGGGGAAGCUCUACCUGGUCGACCUGGCCGGCAGCGAGAAGGUGAGUAAGACUGGAGCUGAGGGAGCGGUGCUGGAUGAGGCCAAGAACAUCAACAAAUCUCUGUCGGCGCUGGGGAACGUCAUCUCAGCUCUGGCUGAGGGAACAAAAACCCAUGUGCCGUACAGGGACAGCAAGAUGACCCGCAUCCUGCAGGACUCGCUGGGAGGAAACUGUCGCACCACCAUCAUCAUCUGUUGCUCGCCGUCCAUCUACAACGAAGCCGAGACCAAGUCCACGCUCAUGUUCGGACAGAGAGCCAAGACCAUCAAGAACACGGUGUCCGUGAACCUGGAGCUGACGGCCGAGGAGUGGAAGAAGAAAUACGAGAAGGAGAAGGAGAAGAACAAGGGCUUGAAGAGCGUCAUCCAGAAGCUGGAGGCUGAACUCAACCGCUGGAGGAAUGGGGAGAACGUCCCAGAGGAGGAGCAGCUGAGCUCCAAAGAUCAGAAGAGCAUUGAGUGCGACAACACCCCCGUCAUUGACAACCUGCUGCCGGCGGGAGGAGGCGUGGCGGUCUCUGGCCAGGAGCUCGGCAAGUACGAGGAGGACAUCAGCAACCUGUACAAGCAGCUGGACGACAAGGAUGAUGAGAUCAACCAACACAGUCAGCUGGCUGAGAAACUCAAGGAACAGAUGCUGGAUCAGGAAGAGCUGCUUGCAUCGACACGGCGAGACUACGAGAAGAUCCAGGAGGAGCUGUGCCGGCUGCAGACGGAGAACGAGCUGGCGAAGGAGGAGGUGAAGGAGGUGCUGCAGGCCUUGGAGGAGCUGGCCGUCAACUACGACCAGAAGAGCCAGGAGGUGGAGGAGCGAGAUCAGACCAACAUGCAGCUCGCUGAGGAGCUGCAGCAUAAGACGGCGUUGUUGUCGGUUGUGCAGAGGGAGCUGGGUCAGUUGCAGGAGCUGAACGGCCUGCAGAGGAAGAGAGCCACCGAGGUCCUCAACCUGCUGCUGCGGGACCUCAGUGACAUCGGCGCCAUCAUCGGCACCAGCGACGCCAAGGCCACUGGGUCCUCAGAGACGAAUGGGAACGGCUCGGCGGUGGAGGAGGAGUUCACAGUCGCUCGCCUUUACAUCAGCAAGAUGAAGUCUGAGGUCAAGUCGCUGGUGAACCGCAGCAAACAGCUGGAGAGCGCUCAGGCAGACGCCCACCGCAAGAUCCAGGCCAAUGAGAAGGAGCUGGCAUCCUGUCAGCUGCUCAUCUCCCAGCACCAGGCCAAGAUCAGGUCUCUGACUGACUACAUGCAGAACAUGGAGCAGAAGAAGAGGCAGCUGGAGGAGAGUCAGGAUGCUCUGACUGAGGAGCUGACCAAACUGCAGGCUCAGGAGAAAAGACACGAGAUGAUGGGGCUGGACAUGGAGAAGGAGGACAUCGGCCGACUGGACGGAGGCGAGGAGAUCAAGAAAACACUGGAGGAACAGCUGGAAAGUCACAGGGAGGCUCACCAGAAGCAGCUCAGCCGCCUCCGAGACGAGAUCAAAGACAAGCAGAGGAUGCUGGAUGAACUGACCGAUCUCAACCAGGGUCUUUUACUGGAGCAGGAGAGACUCAUGUCAGACUAUGAUAAAGUGAAGGCUGAAGAGCAGGAGAAGGAUGCAAAGCUGCAGGAACUAAUGCUGCUGAACGAACAAAGGGAACAGGCCAAAGAGGACUUGAAGGGGCUGGAGGAGACUGUGGCCAAAGAGUUGCAGACUCUCCACAACCUCCGCAAACUGUUCAUUCAGGACCUCACCACACGGGUUAAAAAAAGUGCAGAGCUGGAUUGUGAGGAGGGACUCGGCAACGGAGCCCAGAAACAGAAGAUUUCCUUCCUGGAGAAUAACUUGGAGCAGCUCACCAAGGUUCACAAGCAGCUGGUCCGAGACAAUGCAGACCUUCGCUGUGAACUGCCCAAGCUGGAGAAGCGUCUCCGUGCCACAGCCGAGCGAGUCAAAGCUCUGGAGAAUGCACUGAAGGAGGCCAAGGAGAACGCCAUGAGGGACCGCAAGCGCUACCAACAGGAGGUGGACCGCAUCAAGGAGGCUGUGCGCGCCAAGAACAUGGCCAGGAGGGGCUACUCUGCUCAGAUCGCCAAACCCAUCCGUCCAGGCCAUCAUCCACUGUCAUCCCCCAUCAGCAGCUGCAUCAAGGCCGGCGGCAUCUACACCUACAGCCACUAAAACCACAACAGCAAGUUUAACCCUACGGACCAGAAACCACUCAACGCAUGCCAACCAGUCCACCUGGAGCCACAAGCCCCGCCCCUUACAGUUGGCGUGCCAGUGGGAGAUCAUCACAACAGUUUGUCGUUUCUCAAAAAAACACACUGGUUUCAUUUUCUGAACGUAGAUGUCAAAGGCCUCAUUUAUAACUUUACGCAACAGCAUCAAGUGUAACAUUUACAAAUGAAGCCCUGAGUAGAAGUUUAGCAGGUGACUUGUUGCAUCUUUUUGUUUUCUGACUUACGAUUAAAACCUUCCAAAGCUUGAAGAGCCAAGUGGAACAGACCAACCUCUAGAUUAUUCAUUUAAUCCUAAACCAGCAUUCAUUCAUUUAAAAGAAUACUUCUGACAUUUUGGGAAACAUGCUUAUUUGCUUUCAUAAAAAGAGGUUACAGUUGAGGCAGAAAUGAUAUUUACAUACUUUAUGCAGAUAACACACAUAUUGACGCACAGCUCGUAAUGUGUUUCACCCCCUCGCCUCUCAAAAUACUCUUUGUUGGAUUUCUGUGCAAAUAUCUUGAGCUGUGUCCUUUUUUGACAUCUUUCUGUUUUUGUCUCCCGACUGCUGACAAUCGUCCAAAAAACUCACGCCAUCGAGCUUUAGAACGUAUUUUCAUAAUCUGUGCUGUUUGUAUAAAAUCUGAUGACCCUCGCUCGUAAAUUGCCAAAGGGGUUUGAAAAGUAAGUGUGUCUUUUUUAAAGCCCAAAAUGACAUUAGCUUCUGACCCCUGAAGUCACAAAUUGAAUCAUGUUUUAAGAAAGUAAAGAUUUUAUUUAACUGAUUUGUUUUUUAUCAUUUUAUCGUCUAUUUGAGUUCCAGGAUUUUGUGCGUUGAAAUUAUAAGAUGUUGCUUGCUUGUAUUGUUCUGUAGCCCUGCAGGGACACUGACCAGCCAAUCAGAUGCUCCUCGGACUUGGACAGUAGGAGAAGCUCAUUUUUUAAAAUAUAUAUUGAACUAUUAUUAAACAUUUAAGGGUGCGAGUCAAGAGUCUUGUUAUGUUUUGCACUCGCUCUGGAAAGUUCCUGAUCUGUAAGUCAGAGGACUGAAAACCCAAUGAGCUUGAGAUGAAGUCAGAAUCUUCAAGUCCAACAAAAAAAAAACUAAAGCAGAAAAAUGUACUGAUUUUGAAAUUCGUGUCCCUCUGAUUGGCUGAGAAGUCUGUUUUUCACUCUGCCACACCUUGUGCCUUUGGAAACACCUGGACCACCAGAAUAACAGACUUCAUAGGGUUGACCAUUGUUCAAAUAUUUAAGAAUCAACAUGGUGAAUGUUAUUUACAUUUAAAUGCCCUCUGCAACUUCCUAAGAGCAUUAGAUUGUUAUCAAUGAGACUCCUUUACCCUCUCGUCGUGUUUUUGCUGCUUUCCUUUGUGCUGCCAGCUGAGCAUGUUUUUGAAUGUACAUUAGCACCGAUACACUGGACGGCUGGUUAAGGCAACAGAGCUUCUGGAUAAUUGCUGUCCCAGAUUUGGCCAAAUCACGACUCUGAGCCAGAUUAUCUCCUUCCUCACUUGAUGUCUAAUCAUUCGAUGGUGGUUGUCUGACAGCUGCAGCCGCACUGUCCACGGUGUACAAAUGAAUGUAACUGCAUGGAGUAGAGCUUGUGUUAAAGGCAUGCUCAGGGAGGGCAAACAGGCGAUUUGUAUACGAGAUGCGUUUACCUCAUCAUGAUGUACAUUUUGAGUUUGCGAAUAGUUUUUUCAGUUCCCUUCAUUUCUUUUGGCUGUGGCAUCAUAUCUGAAUAUACCUACAACAGAUGCAAUUAAAGCUAAUAAAUAUAUAUCUAUUUAACUUUCAA